UGCCCAUCUGCCCAUCUGCCCAUCUGCCCAUCGGUCUGCUCUAUUCUCCUGCUCUCCAUCGCCAUGUCCAACGCAAGCCACAAGCUGUGCAUGAUCCCAGGACCCGUGGAGUGCGAUGGCGAUGUCCUCGCCUCGAUGGCCACCCAGGCCACUUCACAUGUGGCUCCAAACUUUAUCGAGUGCUUUGGCGAAACAAUUGAACUUCUGCGCCAGGCCUUCUUUGCCCCCACUGGCCAGCCGUUCGUUGUUGCUGGCUCGGGCACCUUGACUUGGGACAUGACUGCUGCCAAUCUGGUCGAACCCGGAGACCACGUCCUCGUCAUCGUCAGCGGCAUCUUUGGCGACUGGUUCGGCGAGUGCAUCGAAGUGUAUGGCGGAAAGGUCACCUUUUUGAAAGCCCCGUUCGGAUCCAGAGUCUCCGACGACGAACUCCGCGCGGCCCUCGAUCGAGCCCCGGUUCCGUACAAGCUUGUGACUCUCACCCACGUUGACACCAGCACAGGCGUCCUUACCGAUGUCGAGGCCUUUGCCAAGAUCAUCCGAGAAAAGAGUCCCUCGACCCUCAUUGCCGUCGACGGCGUCUGCUCCGUCGGUGCCGAAGUGCUGAAGCAAGAGGAGUGGGGCAUCGACGUAGUUCUCACGGCGAGCCAGAAGGCUCUCGGCGUGCCACCGGGUCUCGGCGUAUUGGUCGCGAGUCGUCGGGCGAUCGACGUGGCCCUUCACCGCAAAGCACCGCCUUCGACCUACUUUGCCUCCUUCAAAAAGUGGCUGCCGAUCAUGCAGAAAUAUGAGGCCCGACAACCCAGCUACUUUGCGACCCCUCCCGUCCAGCUCAUCAUGUCGCUCCAUAUCAGCCUCAAGCAACUUCUCAAUGCUCCGGGCGGUAUGCUGGCGCGCUUUGAGAAGCAUGCCGAAGCCUCCAACCGCAUCAAGGAUCUUGUUGAGAGCUGGGGCCUCAAGCUCGUCGCCCACAACCGCCAGAUCGCUGCCAACACCUUGACUGCCGUGUAUCUUCCCGAGGGCGUCACUGUGCCUGCACUGCUCUCCAAGAUGGGCUCACACAAUGUCGUUAUCGCUGGCGGCUUGCACCCUGAGCAUGCCCAGAAGUACUUCCGCAUCGGCCACAUGAACAUCAGCGUUGUCGACGAUGGCAAGCUGGGCCAUCUGAAGUCGACCUUGGAAGCCCUCAAGCAGUCGUUCAAGGAAUGCGGCUAUACUCUGCCUCAGUGAACAGAGCGCUCUGGGAUCUCAAGAGCAUGAACUAUAGCUGCUCUGGAUACUUGAAUACACAUAUCCGCAGCCCGCUUUGAUCGGACAUGGGCCUCGA